CUUGCGCCGCGGUUCAAAGGCUCGCUCAAGUCAGCCCCGCUGAUGCUCACCAUUGAGCGAGACCCAAAAAUAGCCAGCCAUGCAGUCACUGGCGCGCGCCCAACGAGUGCAUGUUUCGCACCUCGUCGGCUCCUCCUAGCUCUACAAUCAGCGAAAAGUGUUGCAGCAAAAGGCCAAGCAAGACCAGUCAACCCCAUGCAUGCAGCAUCAGCAGGACGAGAAUGAGGCGAAAGUCGUGUGAAGCUAUAGGGGGCAAGCAACGGCUUCUUGCGGCUUGGCUCGUUGCAUAUGUGGGAUUUGGCCAGUCUUGCUCCCGCGCUUCACACUCAAGCUCGGCCCUUGGCAGCACAAAGGUGCAUCCAUUCACCAAAUCUGCCGCCUGUACAGCAGUACCGUGGGUGGGCCCAGCAGGCGGUUGGACCGAUAAAGCCACAAGAGGAGCGGUGAACAGGUGUAGCGGUACAUCCACCGCCACUUGUCGUGUGCAUAGCGAGCACUUCGAGCGCUCCACGCAGACUCAGCAAUGGCCUUUCUCUACACAUGGGCCUCCUUUUGAUUUUGAAUGGACACGCACAUCAUUCACGAUUGGCGAAUGACCAGUUGCCAUCCCAAACGAAUCGCGGAUCGUGCAUGCAUGCGCUGCCUUCUUGGAGAGUUCUUGAGCAUCACGCAGCGGAGGUAGGCACGCAGCGCUUGAUUCUCGUCAAAACCUGCUGCUGCUGAGCGUGGAUGUGCGGCGGAGGAGCU